GGGUCUCCGGGAGAGCGGGCGGCAGCCGGGCAGGCGAAGGUGAGCGUCCGGAGCCGGCGGAGCCCCAGCGCGAUGCCACCCUUCCUGCUGCUCAGCGUGUCGUCGUGCGCAGUGUUGAGCUGGGCGCUGCUGGGCAGCUGCGGGCCGGGGGCCUGGGGGGCCCCGGAGGAGGGGGAGGAGGGGCGGCGGCGGAGGAUCGACGUGCUGGUCCUGCUGCCCCAGGACGACGCCUACCUGUUCUCCCUGGGCCGGGUGCGGCCGGCCAUCGAGUACGCGCUGCGCAGCGUGCAGGGCAACGGGACGCGGCGGCGGCUGCUGCCCGCCGGCUACCGCUUCGAGGUGGCCUACGAGGACUCGGCCUGCGGCAACGGGGCCCUCUUUCGCCUGGUCGACCGGGUGGCCGCGGCCCGCGGGGCCAAGCCCGACCUGCUGCUGGGCCCCGUGUGCGAGUACGCGGCGGCGCCCGUGGCCCGGCUGGCCUCGCACUGGGACCUGCCCAUGCUGUCGGCCGGAGCCCUGGCCGCCGGCUUCAGCCGCAAGGACGGAGAGUACUCGCACCUCACCCGCGUCGCCCCGUCCUACGCCAAGAUGGGCGAGAUGCUGCUGGCCCUCUUCCGACACCACCAGUGGGCCGGCGCCGCCCUGGUCUACAGCGACGACAAGCUGGAGCGCAACUGCUUCUUCGCCCUGGAGGGCGUCCAUCACGUCUUCCAGGACCAGGGCCUGCACACCUCCGCCUACAGCUUCGACGACAGCCGGGGCCUCGACGCCGACGACAUCGUGCGCCACAUCCAGGGAGGCGACAGAGUGGUGAUAAUGUGUGCCAACAGUGACAGCAUCAGAAGCAUCAUGCUAACUGCACAUCGACAAGGAAUGACCAAUGGAGACUACGCUUUCUUCAACAUUGAGCUCUUCAACAGUUCUUCAUACGGAGAUGGCUCGUGGAAGAGAGGAGACAAACAGGACCUUGAAGCUAAGCAAGCGUACUCAUCCCUCCAAACAGUUACCCUACUGAGGACAGUGAAACCUGAGUUUGAGAAGUUUUCCAUGGAGGUGAAAAGUUCUGUUGAGAAACAAGGGCUCAAUGAAGAGGAUUACGUCAACAUGUUUGUCGAAGGAUUCCAUGAUGCCAUUCUCCUCUACGUUCUGGCUUUACAUGAAGUAAUCAAGGCUGGGUAUAGCAAGAAGGAUGGAGGAAAAAUUAUUCACCAGACUUGGAACAGAACAUACGAAGGAAUCGCAGGACAGGUAUCCAUAGAUGCUAACGGAGACCGAUACGGAGAUUUCUCAGUGAUUGCCAUGACGGACACAGAAGCAGGCACCCAAGAGGUGAUUGGUGACUACUUUGGGAAACAGGGCCGUUUUGAAAUGAGGCCGAACGUGAAAUAUCCAUGGGGCCCUUUGAAACUGAAGAUAGAUGAAGCCAGAGUUGUAGAGCACACAAAUACCACUCCGUGCAAAUCAUCAGGGGGUCUAGAGGAAUCAGCAAUCACUGGAAUUGUUGUGGGAGCCUUACUGGGGGCAGGAUUACUAAUGGCCUUCUACUUUUUCAGGAAGAAAUACAGAAUAACCAUUGAGAGACGAACCCAGCAGGAAGAGAGUAACAUCGGCAAGCAUCGGGAGUUACGGGAAGAUUCCAUCAGAUCCCAUUUUUCUGUGGCAUAAAGGAAACUGCUCUAUUCUUCCUGAUAUGCUGUAGGGAUGUGGAAGCAAUGAAAGACAUCAAUGUAACAGAAGGGGCUCAUGAAGAACUCAUUCUUUUCAGCAGUUACAUUCUGUUUAAAUUUCUUUAGAAGCUCAGGAAUGAUUUACUAAUCACAUUAUGCCACAUGGCCUUUCAUCUCAUUACAGAGCAAUAUAAAGAUGCAAUGUUAACGUAUAAGAUAUUCAUAAAGUGUUAGAGGGUCCCCCGAUCCAUUUAUUAGGUGCAGCAGUUCGGAUUUAAAUCCGACACUGUCUCUUUUUGACCCCCUCCUCCUGGCCCUGACUCUGGAUGGUUCUUCCUAUACUGCAAGGAUAUUAAAAUGUGGUUUCUCUACUUGGUGCACUGCUCUAGAAGUAGAAUAAAGCAUCGUGGAGGAUAACUUCAUCUUGGAAAGGAUUUUGCACUCAAAAAGGACACAGCCGUUCUAAGAAAUUGACAGGACAGAGAUCAGUGUCAUUCUCUCGCCGCAGUUGGUAUUGAGGCUAAAAAACUGGCUCUUUCUUCAGGCAACGUAUAGUUCCAGAUUAUAAUUAGGUGUCUGCAGAGAAGACCGUCUCCCCACUCCCUUCAGCAACUCUUAGUGUAGUGAAUGUGUAAAUAGUGAUGGGAUGAGAAUGUUUGUACAGGAAAAGCAAUUCUGAUUUUUUAAAAAUUAAAAAAAAUCUAUUCCACACUAACAUUUUAUUUUUAGGUAUUUCUAUCUUGUAUUUUGCUAUUAGAAAAUGUGUCUAUUUUUUCAUUUUUUAAGAUUAAAAUUCAAAAAACAGUGAAGGAAUUGAAUAUUUUUAAAAUGUGAGGAACCUUCCCAAAGAGACAUAAGGAUGAAGCUUCAGGUGCCCUGGCGUGUGGGUGCUUCUUUCCUCCCCCUCCCGCCAUCUUUGGCCUGUACAGAAUCAGAACCCUUGGCUGAAAAAUAAAGGGGCAGAAACAUGUCCAGGUUACGGGUGCAAAAAGAGUACAGCAGCUUAGCAGCUACUAAAUACUGAGUCAUCUUAAUGAGAGACAAUUCUUCACCUGCCUUUCGAGGAGGAAAUCUGAAUGGGCUGCUACACAAGGGUAGGUAAGCUACUAAGAUUAAGCAGUAUCACCAAAGGGACAAGGCUUCUCACGGGCAAAUACAUGAAGAAUGAUACUAAGUACAGAGAGCCAAGUCACCCAGGCGAGUAAUUCUUAUAAAAAGAACUUGGAGGCUUGAUGCAGACCAUUCUGACUAGAAUCCCUAGGUGGGCCAAAGUCUGAAAAAAAAAAAUUUUGGCAUUUGCUACCUGCUUUUGUACCCUUGAAUCCUCAUCUCCAUCGAGUGCUGUUUAUUUAGCAACAAAUAAACAUUUAGCUUGGGACCAAUAGGAAAAAAGGAAGAAGAGAGAAAAUGGAAAAAGGGUAGAAUAUUGGCUUACCCUAGAAACAUCUCCAAAUCGUACCAGCUGGAAUUAUAGAAAGAUAAGCCUUUCCCCUGAAGAACCCUAAGCACAUGAGAUGUUUCUUAUUAAUCUACAUAUUGAUUUGUCUGCGGUAUCAAAAACAUGGUGCCAGAGUUUUAAACAUAACUCAAAUCUUGCUCAACCUAGUUCACUUCUUUCUCCCUAAUCCAUUCAGCUUCUGCCACCAACCACUUCUCUAAAAAUGAGUGGCUGAAGUUCCCAUACAAUUUCAUAUUUCCCUUCUGUUACUUCAAAGUAAACUAUGAUAUAAGCAAAAAAAAAUGACAUUAAAAAAACCUCCAGGUUUUGUUUUCAACUGUUGCAACUCCAGAUAAACCUAGUUGCACUUCUUUAUGCUGUUAGUCAGGCUUUAAACAGAGAAGGAAACAGACCAAAAAGUUUUUAUUCAUUUUUCAUGCAUCUUGAAAAUAAUUUCCUUUCGGUUAUAUCUAUUUUGUAUAAUGGGCAAAAAACUUGAGUGACUGUUUUACCCUCUCUGUUGGAGGAUUCAAUUUUAUAAAAAAAUAUUUUAAAUUGAUAGCACUGUUUCUCAUGCUGGAAAAUUCUGCCUUGCUAUAUGCACCACAAACUAUUUGUACUCCACCUUGAGAGUUGACUUGAUCUUAAUAAUCUUUCCUUAAAUGAUAAGGGAUCUCCCAGUGCCAUCACAUAUCUGUUAUUUAUCAUAUAGGGAAAAAACUUCCUACCAACCCACCAGGCCAGAGAGAGCCCCCCAUAAGAAGCUCUCUUUGGAAUGAGUAGGAGUUUUGUGGUAUCUGGUCAAGAGUGCUCUAUAUAAUUAUAAUUUAUUCCUAGAGUGAGUCACUCAUUCUAUAGAUUUUUUGUGUUUCCAUUAUCAUUAUUAUUAUAGUAUUUGUUAAGUGCUUACUUUGUGUAAAGCACUGUUCUAACCACUGGGAAAGAUGCAAGUUAAUCAGGUUGGACAUAGUACCUGUUCCACAGUGUCAAGUGGGUCCUCUCUCGUGACUGCCUUUUAAGGUUCUAUACCUCCAGGGUGCAUCUGGGCUACCAUACUUCAAAGACUAAGUGGCAUACCCAAAGAUUCUAAGCAAGUCAGGCCUGAGGCUCAUGGGAUUUUGAUAUUUGGACUUAGAAUUCUACUUGCCAGGUCAUGUCUCAACAGUUCUGGUAGGCAAGGAGCUUUAAGGUUUGAAAUUCACUCUAUUCCAAUCUUCUCCCUCAAGCGAUUAAAAUAAACAUAUUUUGCUUGCUGGAUCAUCAGAAGUGAAAAAGGAACUAUGUUUUCUAACUCUUCAGUGGUUUGCUUUUUUUGGUACACUAUAUAUAAUAAUAAGGGCAUUAAGCAUAAUUGAAGGCAAUUUUUUGUUGAUUAGCUGAAUUACUAUUUCUUCAGAAAAUCAAAUAACCUUUUCCUGAUCCACUGGUAAAAUUCCAUACCCCUUAGAAAGUUCAUUAUAUUUCCAAGGGAAUUUUAAUUAGAGGAGAUGAGAUUAUAAGAAACUUUGUCCUUAAAAAAGAGUGUCUUUUCCUGUCAGCUAAUCAAUCAAUGGUAUUUAUUGAGCACUUACUGUGUGCAGAGCACUGUACUAAGCACUAGAGAGAGUACUAUACAAUGGAGUAGAUAAACAUGAUCCCUGCCCACAAGGAGCUUACGUUCAUUAUUUGGGUUUAUUUACUGAAUUCCUUCAGGUGUCAACCCAACUUCUAAGUAUGAAAAAUUUAAUAAAAAUAAUGCUUAGACCUUAUCCCACCCUUCCUCACCAUCCUUUUUUCCUGCAUAUGCUGGCAUUGGGAGUGUCUUUGUAAGACUUUAUUCUUUGAUGGUUUCACUUUUUGAUAGAAUUAAUAAAUUUGAGCUAAUGGCAAAAUUGUCCUUUGGAAUCAGUUAUAUUUAUUGAGCGCUAACUGUGUGCAGAUCAAUAUACUUAGCACUUAGGAGAGUACAAUAUAACAGAGUUGGUACAUUUCCUGCCCACAAUGAGCUUACAAUCUGGAGAAUCAAAAGCAUAGUAAUGCAUAGAAGAUAAGCAAGUAGGUGGCAAAAUAGUCUUCUAUUAUAUGAAUGCUUAUGCUUUAGAUGGGCUAAACUUUAACUUCAAAAGCACUGCCCUUUUGAUCAUCUCAUAAAAUCAAAUAAAAAAAUGUUUCUCAUGAAUAUAAUGAAUUAAAAUCUUGACUGAAAGCAGCCAAUGACUAGUUGUGCAGGGUGCCAUUUUAAUCCCAGUGGAUUGCUCUCAACAAAAACUGAACUCAGGUUCAGUAGAACAGCUAUAUGACCCCAAACUCCAUUGCAUAGACUGUUUGGAAUUGCAGAUACAUCCAGGGGAGACGAAUGAGAAAACAGUGAGGCAGGUUUUCAAAGUUACCUUUUGCUUUUCCAAUUGACCUUUAAAAUGGGUUCAGAACUGUAAUAUGGUUUCCAUUCAGCAUUCUUCAGGGAAGCCAGAUUCAAAAUGAAGGCUGGGGGGAAAAGGGAGUGUCCAUAUGGUCCUUCGCCAUAGCAGGGGGGGCCAGUGCAACUCCAGGCAUUUAGGAAACUACCAGAAGGCCAACCCAGAUGUUUCCUAACUCUUCUCCAUUCACCAGGGGUCUUAAAGAUGGUAGAUAGAGGUUGAGUCUCUAUUUGGCCCUUAUAAGUGCAAGUGUCCUGUGACUCAAACCUGCUGCCAUUUCAAAGAAAUAGAGGGAAAGUAUUCUUCUUCUAUAGGAAUAAGGCUGGCUCGUGAACAGAAUCCUUACCCAACAAUAACUCUUGACAUUUUCUUGAAUUAGGUAAAACCUGUAAUAGCCUAUAAAAAAAAAAAUUGGCCAUCAUACAUCACACCCUCUAUUGUCCCUUAGUUGUUCCCAAAAGGUAGCCUUGUAGAGAAAUCACUUUCAGAAGGUGCUGGGUGACAGUACAUUCAAAUUUCUUGUUAACCACUAGUGAUACUUACACAUCUAAGGCAAAAUCUUCCAAAGAAUUUGACACUGCUCAUAUCCAUAGAUCAAGCUAUAGUGCUUCAGACAGUUAGUAGGAUUUGACAACAGUUGAGUCUCGUAGGCCACAAUCCUUAUAGCUUUUGAUGUUUCUGGGGCUUGUCGUUUUCCUAGGAGAGGUGUGAAAAGCUGAAGAAAUUGUCUUAUAAAAAUUUGGAAUUUCCUUAUUUCUAAUCUAAGCCAUUAUGCACAAGGAAUGAAAGCACCAUACCCUCUUAAAUUCUAUGACUUCAUGAUUACUGGUGUAUUUGUUUAUCUUGCAAUGGAGGUAGUAAACCGGAAAGGAGAAAGGAGGAGAGAAAGACUCUGAGAUUAAUGCAGGAGAUCCUGUUGGUUAUGCAGUGCCAAAAUCUAAAUCCUCAGAAAUUAUUCCCAAACAAGUUCUGUACCUACUGAAAUAACUGGCUGGAUUAUCCAAUACAUUUGGAUCUCAAGCUCCCUCAGGGUGACAUGGUGGACCGGCUUUAUUCCUUUUGCAUGCCUUAGAAAUCAAUCAAAUUUACUGAGUGCUUGCCGUCUGCAGAGCACUGUAUUAAGUUUUUGGGAGAGAACAAUAUAACAGAGUUGGUAGACACAUUCCUUGCCCACAAUGACCUUAUAGCCUCAAACUAAAAGAGGACCCAGGAUAGAAACUGUAGGGUUUUAAAUCUGGCUAUUUUCAUUUGGGGUGAUAUUGUUCAUUGUGAACUACGUUUCACCUAACAGGCACACUCUCUGGUCUGGUAAAAAAAAAAAUGAAAGGAAAAGCUGCACAAACUACAGUAUAUUGUACUAAUGUAAGUAGAACUAUCUGCAUAUAAUGGGAUUUAAUUUAUUGUUGUUUUGUGUAGAAAAGGAGUACUAAUGACUGUGGAUAUAACCUCUGUUCAUUGUGUAAUAUAUUUUCUUUCUUGUGAAAGUGGGUAAUUUUUAAAGUAUCUACUUCAUUUGGUGUCUAUUGAAUUACGUGUGUACAUGUUCUGGUAAAUGUUUCUAUUAUGCAAGAAUGCCACAUAACCAGAUUAUUACAACACAUUAUCAUUAAAAACAUCUACACUACCUGGA